AUGCCCCCACGCCGGCGCCCGAGAGCGCGCGCGUGGCCGCUCGUGUGGCCACUGCUCCUGCGCGGCGCGUCGUGGGCCGUGCGGGCCGACGACUGGACCGCCACGCGCGACUGCAGCAGCCCGUGCCCGCUCGACGCGCCGCCGUGUCUCGUCUCGUCUGCACGCGGUCGCCAGUGCCUCGCGCUGGCGCCGACCAAUGGCACGCGGCCUCACGAGUCGCGCGUGGCGCUCGGGGACGCGGCGCAUGGCUACACGUUCGGCGCCCUGGACUUGGCCCACGCGCCCGACGUCGAGACGCUGUGGCUCGACGGCGACGGCGCGCGCGUGGCGUUUGACGCCGCCGGUCGAUGGACCGCGGCGCGCCUCUCGUCGCUCGUGCUCUCGGGGCUGACGCUCUCUGUCGCAGCGCUGCCGACACCCGCGCCGUCGGUCCGACACGUGCAGAUCCGGCGCUGCGUCUUGGACCGAGCGCCGCUGCAGUGGCUGUUGACGCUGCCGCACGUCGAGACGCUCGAGCUGCUCGACACGCGCGUGACGGCCGAGUCGUCGACGCUUCUGACAGUGAGCGAAGCGCAGUACGUGCGACUGCGCCGUCAAUGGACGGGCGACGGGGCGCAGGAGACGAGACAGGUGCGCGACGCGCUCGGGGACAGGGCGUGUGCACGUGGAUUGGACAGCGGCACAGUGCAGCACGUCGGUGGAUGGCCCGUGUGCGUCACGCGGGCCGCGGCGCUGCGUGGGCGUCGACGGCUGAUGCUCUUUGAGAGCUUAGGGACGGACGAGAAGGCGCUGGGGGGCGCGGGCGGCGACGACCACGACACGCCGACGCUCGUGGUGCUCAGCUUGAGUUUGCCGUUCGUCUUCUUCUUGUACAAGACGGGGCUCUUUGUCUUCUUCCUGCGGACGUACGGGCGGUAUUGCCGAGAGAACGGGGCCGUGCGGGCGACCGCCGCGCCGGACAAGCGGGCGCGGUACUUGACGCUCGAGAGCAGCGACAGCUGCGACACGUCGAACGCCUCGAGCACGACGCCACUGCCGUCUCCGUCUCCUCACGGCCACCGACGACGGAAGAAACAGCGAUCGAGCGUCGCCAGCAGCUCUCAGUUUUGGGUCACGGAGGAGCUCCAGCCGUGGCGGUUGGACUUCCAGCGCCUGAAGAUGCGCAAGAGUUUGACGUUGUUGCCGACGGAGCGACGUUGCACGCUGCGGAAACAGAGCAUCACGAGCGCUAUGAACCCCCGCGAGAUCUGGUUGGCCUCGCUCGCGACACGAGACGCGUCGACUGCCGCCGUGUCGCCUGGAGGAGGCACGACUGAAACUUUGGUAGUGGUGAAGUUCCUGACACCCAGUGGAGACGAAGAUGUGCGCGCACUGAAGGACGAUGGCGAUGGUGGCGGGAGCGCUCGGGACAAGCUGCAGCGCGAGCUGAAGCGACAAGCCACGUUCUCACACCCGCAAGUCGUGACCUUUAUCGGUGUCGCCUGGUCGCUCGAGACGCACUUGUGCGCUGUAACAGAGUACAUGGCUCAAGGCGAUCUCCGGCACUGGCUGCAUCGCACUGCGAGCAAACAGUCAGGUCAAUGGUCGUACCUGAAAGUGAACAUGCUGCUGGACGUGAGCAAGGCGCUGCUUUACCUGCACGCGAUGCACCCGCGUCUGGUCCACGGCAACUGCAAUUCGCGAAACGUGUUGCUGGACCAGUCGCUGCGUGCAAAGCUGAGCGACUUUGGCCAGGACGGCCGAUCGGAGGUCCUGACGGAGCAAGAGCUCAUGUCGUACAGCGCGGUCGGAUCGGGCCGGUGGAUCUCGCCCGAAGCGCUUUUGGGGCGCGAAACGAGCGCGUCGUAUCCGGACGCCAGCGACGUGUACUCGCUCGGGAUCCUGAUCGCCGAGAUGGACUCGCACGCGCUUCCGUUCUCCGACUUGAUGCAGGCGAACAAGUCGGCUGUACCCGAGACGGACAUUUUGCAACUGAUUGCAAGGGGCGCGCUCUCGCCCACGCUGUCGCCGUCGUGUCCGAAGAGCAUUGUAAAGCUCGUGAAUGCGUGCACGAGCUACAAACCCGAGUACCGACCGAGCAGUGCCCAGGUACAGGAAGAUUUGCGGCAUAUUUUGGAAGACUUUCGCGAGUUCGAGAGUCAGGCGACGGCGACGAUCUCAAUAGGAGCACCACGUUCAAACCCGCCGUCGAAUUUGGUUUGA